AUGGAUUCACCUAAAUAUUGUUAUUAUUCUGGUGAAGCUUAUACAUGUGAACAUGUUCCAUUUCAUUUGUACAAUAUGGUGGUUGAUCCUAUUAUUCAAGCUGAAUUUGAACGAAAUCUUUCAUGGAAACGUUCAUGGCCACGUUGUGUACUUGGAUCAGUUGCAAGUAUUGAAAUUUUUGUUGGAUUGAUCAUUUUUUUAACUGAAAUUUGUAAUAUUCUCAUGGACUUUUGGCAUACAAAUGUUUUUGGUGGUAUUUGGGCAUCAAUUAUGAUUUUUAUUAAUGUUAUUGUAAUUUAUGCUACAGUAUGUUGUAUAACAACAAUUGGUUCAUCAACAUGUGCAUUAAUUUGGAAUUUACUUACAUUACUUACUUUAGGUGUAUUAAUUGCAUUUGACGUCAUAUUCAUUUUAGAUCCAUAUACAUGUUUUUUAACACCAACAUGUUCAACACAAUCACAAAUAAUAUCAUUAAAUUAUUUAAUACAAAUGAUACCAUCAUUUAAAGAUUAUACAAGUUAUGAUUCAAAAAAACUUUUUCUUGAAAUUCAAGUUGGAUGUGCUGGUGUAGCUUGUAUUAUUUCUUUCAUUUAUAUUAUUAUUUAUAUUGCAUGUAAAAUGAAAAUACGUCAACGUGUUGUUCAUGAUUAUUCAGCACCUGUUAUUGCUCAUCCAACACUUGUUCCUUUCGCUCCACCACCACUACCACCACAUCAUCAACAUGCAUUUCCAGUUGCUGAAGCACCACCAAUGCCAUGGAUAAAUCAAGCAAAUAAUAUGCCAUAUGCAACAUAUUAA